CAGCCUUCACUACUCGUUCCAGUGCUUUCGUUUAAUCCUUCAUCAAAUUAUAGUCUAAAAUUUGAAGGAAUAUUUUUUGUUAGACCAAUAUUAUUUAAUUCGACCACUCCCACCGCUCCAAACUGAGUGUGAAGAAAAUAUGCGCAUCUGAAUCACAGGCAGACAAGCUUCGUGCUAUUGGUUCCCCGGGGAUUUACCUGGAAAUGGGAGUGCCCAUCAUCAUCAUCAUCAUCAUCGUCGAGAUGAAUUGUUCCUUCCUCUGAUCCCUUGUAGAGUCCGUUGAAGAAUUCGAUUGGGAAUAACUGAAUCAACGUUCCCAGGACUCCAAGCAUGGAGCCUAUAACGUCGUGGAGCAAGGAGAGAGUAAGCGACUGGCUCAAAGGUCUGGACGUCCCUCUCCAGCAGUACCCCUUCACAGAGUGGCAGGUGACUGGUUUGGAACUGCUGCAGCUCUCCUCCCAGGACCUGGAGCGUCUGGGCGUCCAUAAGAUUGGCCACCAGGAGCUCAUCCUCGAGGCCGUGGAGAAGCUCUGCUCCCUGACGUACGGUAUGGGUGGAGAAAGCCUACGCUGCCUGACAGAGAAGCUGCGCAUUGUGGUCCACUCCCUGACCAUGGGCAUCCAGGUCCGCAGGAGGGUGAACCCCUACGACGGGCAGACUGCCACCAGGCUGCCGGCCAGCGUGCUGCAGGUGGUGCUGGAGCUCAUCACCUCCGCCAAGGGCCUCUUCUCUCUGCUCAACAGGUACCAGUUUGCCCAGCUGAGUGCUUACACGACCAGUAGGAACAUCAUCACCCACUGUAAAGAGCUGGGGACCACAGUACACAAGUUCACCUGCUGUGGCCUGCAGUGCAGUCGUGAGACACCGAUAGAUAGACAGACAGAGGGAGAGAAAGAGGACCCCAAGGUAUUAUAUUUAGUACUCUUACUUAUAGCCCUAUUUUGCAACUCUGGAUUGUCUCCAGCCAAGGAUUCAACAGUUUACGAGAAAGAAAAGGACAUCAUCUCCAUCUGUCGUCAGUUGGAGGCAGUGUGCGACGAGAUCCUGAACUGCAGUCCAGAGGCGCUCCUUUCCCACACUGCCCAGUUGGAGAGUGUUGACCUGGUGCCUGUCUCCCCCGGCGACCACCUGGGCAUUGAGAUCACGUCCACUGGCUCCAGUAAUCACUACAUCACAGGCACCACCGCAGAGUCACCCGCUGAGUUCUGUGAGAAGAUACUGGCUGGAGACGAAGUGAUCCAAGUCAAUGACCAGAUUGUGGUUGGCUGGAGCAGGAAGAACCUCGUGAAGAAACUGAAGGAGAACCCCAGUGGGGUGACGCUGGUCCUCAAGAAGGUCCCUGUGUCACUGAGAAGCAAAGAGACAGCCCAACAGCCCCCCUCGCCACAGAAAGAGGAAGAGGAGGAGGAGGAAGAAGAAGAGGGAAACCAGAAACACUCCAUAUUUGAGAGAGUAGCAGCCUCAGUCAGGUCUCUGUCAUUCAGGGCUGCAGUUCAAGGGCCAGUGGAUAUCCAGCCUAUGGGCCAGGAGAAGUCGGAUCUGUCCAGCGACAGGGGAUUGGACGGCAGCCUGACAUACACCUUAUGUCCCAGGGGGUCCCAGGAGGACCUCUCAUACCUGUCAUCAGGAGAAGCCGAGGGUUUGGAGGGGUCCAGGCUCAGCCCCGGGCCGAACGGAAAGGGCUCUGCGCCCUCCAGAAGUCCGUCCCCCCGGGUAAUAGAGCUAGGCAGAGAGAGUAUCAGUUCCAUCAGUUCCUGUCCUGAGAUGGGCGGACACACGGAGGAUAAAGAACAAAAAAAGGGGUCUACAAAAGGCACGCGUAAAGUGAUGAGCAGGCGGCGUGUGUCGUGUCGUGAGCUGAGUCGGCCCGAGUGUGACGGCUGGCUGUGGAAGAAGAGGAAGGAGAGCAGUGUGUUCAUGACCCAGAAGUGGCAGCGCUUCUGGUUCGUCCUCAAGGGCCCCUCUCUCUAUUGGUACACCAGUCAGCAGGAGGAGAAAGCGGAGGGCCUGGUUAAGAUCUCCAGCUACAACAUCGAGGGUGCAGGAGAACACAAGAGGAAGUACGUCUUCCAAAUGUGCCACCAGCGCUUCCAGACUUUCUUCUUCGCCGCCGAGAACGUCAAUGACAUGACCAAGUGGAUCAACUGUCUGAUUUCAGCCAUCCAAAAACACAAGAAGUUCCACAAAGGGCCACCGGACAGCGAAGAGGAUUGUUACAGUGAGACCGAGUCAGAAGAUGAGGGGUCUUCUCCUUCUCCACACAGAAACAAGAUCUACACGAAAACCCUGUCCAACACACUGCCUCGGGCCAGGAAGGGCAAGGACAAGGACAAGGGCAAGGACAAAGAGAAGAAGGACAAGAUGCACAUUCCUGGUCCACCCACAGGGCGCAGCAGAAGCCCAGGAGCUCCGGAGGAUGAGAUGGGCGUGCUGUUCCACCGGCUGAAUGAGGGUGGCGUGUCCCUGAUUGGCAGCGACAAGCUCACAACUCACGACCACUUCCGCAAGUCCUUCAUCCGGCGCAACAAGAACCCGGUCAUCAACGAGAAGGCCCACACGCUCCGCGUGCUGCAGAGCACCCUCAAGGAUAAAGAGGCGGAGCUCCAACUCAUUAACAAGGUUCUGGAGGACUCUGAUCUGACGUCGCAAAAGUACCGUCAGUGGAAAGAACAUAACGAAGACCUUCACCUGGUGAUCGAGAAACUGGCUGUCCAACGGGCUAAAGCUGUAGCCACGGCAAGGGUGGGGCAUAAAGAGGACCAGGACACACCCCCCGAACCGUCGCCCGGGAAGCAGGUCACUGUGGAGACUGGGGGGUGUGUGUGUGGACUGAGCCUUAGUGACGGGGAGAUGCUGGUGGAUGCGGAGCCGUUGUUGUCAGGCCCGGUGAAGAAUGUGGGUGACUUGGAUGUAGAGCCACAGUCCGAACACUCAUCGACUGCUGAGAGCAGCACAGACCAGCAGAGCAGCAACACAGCCGACGUAGCUAGUCAAGCUAGCCCAGAUAAUUACUUCUACAUAUGAGACACCAAUGGACUGAUCUGAUGAUGGUUUUUCUAGUUUCCAUCAAUGAUUAUUAUAAGGGCCUGGUGUUUUUCCCAACCAUAUGACCUAAGCAGGAAAAACUCAUGGCUCUAGUUACAGCUGUGAUAUGUUCCAGGAGAUUUUUCUGGUCAGUAAAAAGUGUGGCCCCUCAGGAUUUUUGCCUGGUUUUUGUUGAUAGGAAAGACGGGCUUUGUCUAUCCAAACCUGAAUUCGGUAUUCAUAUCACAAAAAACUAACAAUUUUGCCAAGUAUCACACUAUUGAUAGAUAUAUAUAUAUAUAUACUGUAUUCAUGGGAUAUUAUGGGCGGUCUUAGAUUUCUACUAUUGCAUUAUUAUUGCAGAUUUUAAAGGAGAUUUUACAGGUAAAUGAUAUCUAUGUGCUUUAUGCCUGUUAUGUACAUAGAGUUUUAAAUGUCAUGUAACAAGAUGUAUUGGCGUUUUUAAACUUAGAUUGUAUGUAUUUUUGCACAGAAUAAGGUCCGAUCUUGCCACAUUAUGAAAAUUGUUAUUAUAGAUCAAAGACAAUUAUUCAUUUUAAUCUGAGGUUCACAUUGAAGACUGUUCCAAGAUGUGUUCCCAAGUGUGUGUGCGCGUACGUGCUUGUUUUCAGCUGGUUUUGUCCAAUGCAUCUUGAAUACACUGAUGGUACAAAACAUUAGGAAUACCUUCCUACUAUUGAGUUGCUUCGCUUUUUGCCCUCAGAACAGACUCAAUUCUUCGGCAUGGACUUUACAAGGUGUCGAAUGCUGGCCCAUGUUGACCCCAAUGCUUUCCCACAGUUGUCAAGUUGGCUGGAUGUCCUUUUGAGUGCUGGACCAUUCUUGAUACACACUUGGAAACUGUUGGGUGUGAAAACCCCAGCAGCAUUGCUGGUCUUGACACACUCAAACCGGUGUGCCUGGCACCUACUACCAUACCCUGUUCAAAGGCACUUCAAUCUUAUGCGCAUUCACCCUCUGAAUGGCAAGAUAUACACAAUCCAUGUCUCCGUUGUCUUGAGGCUUAAAAGUCCUUCUUUACCCUGUCUCCUCCCGUUCAUCUGAAGUGUAUUUGACGAGUGACAUCAAGGAGGGAUCAUGGCUUGCACCUGGAUUCACCUGAUCAGUCCAUGUCCUAAUGUUUUGUACACUCAGUGUAAAUUGAUUCAAUAUAUUCUGAUUGAGCAAUAGCGAUCCUCACUGGUGACUGAGCAAGCGACUGCUGUAAAGAACAAAUGAUGAACGCAUACAUUUGAUAAAAGUUGAAUGAUCUAUUUCAAGUAGCCAUUGUCCUACACUCUUAGAACAAAAGGGUUCCAAAAGGGUUAGGAACCCAUUUUGGUUCCAGGGAGAAAGAACCCUUUUUGGUUUCAGGUAGAACCCUUUUGGGUUCUAUGUCGAACCCUCUGUGGAAAGGGUUCUACAUGGAUCCAAAAACAGUUCUACCUGUAACCUCAAAGGGUCAAAGACCAUCUUCAGUCCCCACCCAGGCAAGUAGAGCGACCCGGCCGGGUGCAGAGUAAGCUGGGGGACAGCCUAUGAGGUCUGUUGGGGGGUGUCUUCUCCAGCUGUGUGUGUUGUGAUGUCCUAUGUGAUGAUGAAACUGUCAAUAAAAUGACAUUACACUUA